ACAAUUAAAAGAAGCUUAACAAAAGAUUAAUACAUACUGCCUACUAGAAUAGAAUAAAAUGCACUUUAUUAUCUAUAGCUCAAUUCUCCUUUGGUUUGAUUGUAUAGUAAAACACUACCAAUGGUGUUUUGGAUAAACCUAUCCUCAAAAGUCAUUAAAAAAAAAAACUCAGCUUAAAAUUGUAGAAAUGCAAAAGUUUCAAGUAUAAAAACACGAUUCAAAUCACCUUGUAUGAAGUGAAAUCCUUCUGAUACAAAAGAAGCUAAACAUACCAACCAAAUUAACCACACACCAAUUAACUAACCAUACAGAAUCUGAGAUGGAACAACCAUAGGAUGUCUUCUUUUUCCUGUCUCCAAGAAUUUCAGAGCUUUUUUAGCUAGUUUUUGAAGCUUCUCUUUCUGAACCAACACCAACAAGUCAAGGAGAAGAAGCAGCUAGUACUGAAAAUGGGAGUGGAAUAUAGUUGCUGCACUACAGGAUUUUUCGGUUGCAUUGGAAUAGUCAUCUUCUUGGUGUUGUUUGCUGGGUUGAUGUCUGGCCUCACUCUUGGGCUCAUGUCUAUGAGCCUUGUUGAGAUUGAAGUUCUUGCCAAGUCUGGAAAACCAAGUCACCGUAAACAUGCUGCAAGGAUAUUGCCAGUUGUUAGAAGACAACACUUGCUGCUUUGCACUUUAUUGAUCUGUAAUGCUGCAGCCAUGGAGGCACUUCCAAUAUUUUUGGACAGCUUGGUGACAGCUUGGGGAGCUAUAUUGAUCUCUGUCACUUUGAUCUUAUUAUUUGGUGAGAUUAUUCCUCAAGCUGUUUGUUCUAGAUAUGGUUUAGCAAUUGGUGCAACAGUGACCCCUUUUGUAAGGGUUCUUGUUUGUAUUUGCUUUCCUGUUGCAUAUCCUAUAAGCAAGCUAUUGGACUUUUCAUUGGGUAAAGACCAUAAAGCUUUGUUUCGUAGAGCAGAACUGAAAACACUUGUAGAUUUUCAUGGAAAUGAGGCUGGAAAAGGAGGAGAGUUGACACGAGAUGAAACAACCAUAAUAGGAGGAGCACUAGAACUCACUGAGAAGGUCGCGAGAGAUGUCAUGACUCCCAUUUCUAAAACUUUUGGGAUCGAUAUUAACGCUAACCUUGACAGCAACUUGAUCAAGUUAAUUCUGGAGAAAGGACAUAGCAGAGUGCCUGUGUUCUAUGAACGCCCUACAAAUAUCAUUGGCCUCAUAUUGGUGAAAAAUUUAAUAACUAGGCUUUCACCAGAUGGGGUACCAAUUAAGAACUUCCCAAUUCGGAAAAUUCCAAGGGUCUCAAAAACAAUCCCAUUAUACGACAUUCUAAAUGAUUUCCAGAAAGGUCAUAGUCAUAUGGCUGUUGUCGUUAGAGAAAAAGAAAAUCCAGAGAAGUCUGUCAACGGAAAUCAACUUGAGGCAAACGAUGUGAAAGUGGAUAUCGAUGGUGAAAAUCAUCAACAGGAAAAGAGUUUAAAGAGCAAGAGAUCGCUAAAAAGGUUAAACACAUUUGUCGAUCGUAGUAAUUCCUACCGAAAGUUCUCUGGAAGUAAAAAAUGGUCCAAAGACCUCAACUCAGAGGUCUUGCAUAUUGCCGAUGACCUGUUGCCCAAGCUCUCUGAAGAGGGGGAAGCAAUCGGCAUCAUAACACUUGAAGAUGUCAUUGAGGAGCUUUUACAGAUUUUUCGAACGGGGAUUUCCAAGACGAGGCUUUCUCAGAAAGGAACAACUUUUUCAGAAAGGAUGACAGAAAAGUGUCUAUUUAUUUGAUUUGGAGGUGAAUGGGAUGAGAAUGAAAGUUCAUAUAUUGGGGGACAGUUGAAAGGAAUUGUUGUGCCCCCUACAGUGAAUCAUGAAGAACUUAAAUCUCGCAUUUACAGGGCUACAAAAGUCAGUUCUUCAGAGUUUGAUUCUAUCCUGAAGGUUAAAUAUAAUCUUGAAUUUGAAGCCCCUCCACAAUACAUAAUGGAUGAUGAUGAUCUUCACUUCUUUCUUUUGCGAGAAGAGCUUAGUAGACUUCAGAUAGCUGUAAUGUUGAAGUCUAAACAGACGAAAGGGUUGGAAUGGGGUUUGGAAAUAUGAGUUAUGAUGAUACGGCUGUGGACAGACAAUACGAGGAAUCAUAUCAGUUUCGUCGGGAAGAGGAUGAUAUUCCAUUGUCUACCAACACUGUACCAUCAACAUUCGAUUAUAUGGAUUGUGGUCUUUCAGUGGAUGUGGAUGUGAAUGAGCAACCAACAGAAUUGAAUGAAAUGGAUCGUGAUCAUGGAGAUGUGCGUCGUUCUACAACAGCUUCAUUGGUUCUACCAUCUGUGUCUUCAAGUCAUAGGACAGAGUUGAUUAUGCCUAGCACCUCUUCAUCUGGGACAAAGGACGUUGAAGUUGGUCAACUAUUUUUUAGCAAAAAGGACUUGAAAAUGAGAUUGUCUAUUCUGUCCAACAACAAAAAUUUUGAAUUUAAGGUCAGGAAAUCAACCAAAUCUCUGUUCACUAUCAAAUGCAUUGGGGAGACAUGUAAGUGGAGCCUUCGUGCAGUCAAAAUGGAAGGGUCUGAUAUAUUCAAGAUCACAAAGUACUGUAGUUCGUACACAUGUUCCAUAGAAAUUUUGAAUCACGACCAUAGACAAGCAACUACUACAAUAGUUGGUCAACUCAUCAAAGAUAAGUUCACGGGCAUAGGACGUAUUUAUAAACCUUGUCAUAUCGUUGAGGAUAUGAGGAGAGAUUAUGGCGUGAACAUAAGUUAUGAUAAAGCGUGACGUGCAAGGGAAGCCACAUAUGAUCUCGCUAGAGGUACUCCAGAAUACUCAUACUUCAUACUACAUGCCUAUGGAGAAGCGCUAAAAAUAGAGAAUCCAAGUACAGUCUUUGAGAUCAAACUUGAAGAUGAGGUGCAUUUCAAGUAUAUGUUUAUGGCAUUAGGGCCUUGUAUUAGAGGUUUUGCAAGUUGUUGGCUUUGUAUUAUUGUUAAUGGGUCGCACUUGAAAGAAAAAUACAAAGGCACCAUAUUGGUUUCGGUUUCUAUGGACGGGAACAAUCAAUUAUACCCACUAGCAUAUGUAAUAGUGGACAAUGAAACCGAUCGAUCAUGGAAAUGGUUUAUGUCAAACUUGAAAUGCAG